CAGUAAGAAAAAGAAAAUCACCAAAGCUGAAAGACUGAAGAUGCUGCAAGAGGAAGAGGAGAGACGGCUGAAAGAGGAAGAGGAAGCCCGUUUGAAGUAUGAAAAAGAAGAAAUGGAAAGGCUUGAAACACAACGAGUUGAGAGAGAAAAAUGGCAACAACUGGAAGCAAAAGAUCUAGGACGGAGAAAAGAAGAACUUGAAGAACUUUAUUUGUUAGAAGUGUGUUAUCCUGAAGCAGAGAAAUUAAAACGAGAAAAUAGAUUGCUUUCUCAGUGGAAACACUACAUUCGAUGUGAUGGGAGUCCUGAUCCUUCAGUACUCCAAGAAAUGAAUACUUUCAUUAGCUUGUGGAAAGAGGAAAAAAAUGAGACUUUUGAGGAAGUGAUUGAGAAGAGUAAACUAGUGCUGAAUUUAAUUGAGAAAUUGAAAUUAAUUUUGCUAGAAACCCCACGAUAUGAUUUGCAAGAUAAAAAUGUAAAACAGUAUCAAGGAUCAAUUCAAGAGCUACAGGAGCUCCUUCAUUAUAAGUUUAAUGUAGCCACGGAAAUACUUCUCAGACAAGCUAGUACUUUGGCAGAUCUGGACAGUGGGAAUAUGGAAAAAAUUAUUCAAGAUGAAAAUGUUACUCUGUACGUGUGGGCAAACCUCAAGAAGAAUCCAAGGUACAAAAGUAUCAAGUUCUCAGGAACAGACAUUGGAUUUGAAAUUCCAAGGAUGCUAGCAACAUGUGACAUUGCUCUAAGACUCUUGCAUACUCACUAUGAUCAUGUUACUCCACUGUUCCCUGUUCCAAGACCAUUAAAAGUAGAACAGACUUCCACAGUAACUAAGGAUGUCAAAGAUCAAGUUAAGAAUAUUGCAGAAGAAGCAAUCAGCAAAGAGUACCAAGAAGAGCCUAAACAACCAGAAAACGGAUCUAUCACAGUUCCUGAAGAAGUACAAGUUGAGGAAGAAGGUGAUGCUGAACUACAAAUGCAUUCUGUUGAGGAAGUACUUGAAGCCAUAAAAUUCAAAGUGGAGAUGAAAUUAUUAAGUGACACAGUUACAGCAGCACAGUUGUUGCUGAUAGAGAAUUGUUAUGAAAAGCCAGAACUCUUUGGAAAAAAUGAGGUUGAUUUAUUACAAUUCACAACCCUGGGUGGAGUGUACCACGUGAAUCUUUUGGAGCUUCCUCCACAGUGUAAACCGGUGAAGGGCUGGAUGAUUGUGGAGAUACUCAAAGACGGAUUACAGAAAUAUAUGUAUCCCCCGGAAACUACAGAAGACCUUGAAACAGAAAAUACUUUUCCGCCUAUAGAGGUCACGCUCAAGGUUCAUGAAAAUGUCAUAUUUUUUGAAGAUCCAAUGGUUGCAAGGUGGGACCCUGAAGGUAAGCUUUGGCGAACAGAUGGCAUCAGACGUGUUACUUAUAAUUCAGAAGAGAGACUUAUUACAUUCAACCUGGAAACUUUUGGCCCUGUCACCUUGAUUCAAGAUACUCAUAUUAACAUGCCAUACCAGUCAUGGGAACUAAGACCGCUUGAUGUGAAUAAAGUACUUUUGACAGUGACUACAGUAUUUACUGAGAUUCAAAUUCAAAUUAAGGAAAACCUCUGCAUGUUAGCUUCAAUCAAACUAAAACACAAAGAGCAUUUCUCUGUUUUGAAAGGCAAAUGGAUGACUCCUAUUCCUUUCAUUAUUGCAUUGAAAGAAGUUGGAUUGAAUAUCUUCCCUACUGGACACUCUCAUUUUUAUGUUGUUAUAAACAAUAAGGUUCCUUUGGUAGAAUUGAAAGCUUAUCGACAAAUGGCCCUGCUAAGUUCUGCUUUUGCAUUUAGUUGGAGCAGAUGGAAUGUAAGAUGUGAUUCCAACAAAGUUAUUUUUCAGGUAAAGGAACACCUUAACCAAGAACCUGAUACUGAGUAUCCCAACUGGACCCUUUUAAUGUUUAGUGGUGAUAGAGCACAAAGACUGAAGAUCAACGAAUACAGUGAGACAUUCUCUGAAGCACUUAAAGAUGAAACUGAGUUUCAUUCUACUCUCUAUCACAUGGUUAAGGAUUUUGCUUCUGGAGAAGCCAUAGAGAAAAUUAGGGGCUCCAACUGCCAGUUUAUCGAUUCUGUAUGUCACAUGCUACUCUCUACUAGAUUACUCAGCUAUUCUUAA